AUGGGGUUAAUGGAAAUAUUCGAGUUGUCUCAAGUGUCUCGUCGCGUACUCAAUUGCUUGCAUCUUUCAAGAAUUCGGGUUCAAACUGUUCAAGUAGCGAGCUUUCCUGCUGUCAUAUGUAUCCGUGAAACAGAGUGCCCUCUAGAUGAAAAUUUCAUGAUUCAUUUCGUUCAAACACCUAAACCAGUAGUUGAUCAGAUGACAGUGAACAAUGUUCGCAUUAAUGUUUGUGAAAAGAACGCAAGGCUGAAAGUCAUUCAUUGUAAUUCCAACCAAUUCGGAUACGGUCUUGUGCAUGUGUUGACCCAUUUUGACAAAAUAUUUUACCGAAUUGAUUUUGCAUUCGGAUUUGAACUGAAUACACUGAAUUCAAUGAGAGGGUUACUGUGUCAUCCUAUCUUUAGAAAAUGUGAUUACGUGCAGUUUCGCGGGGAAAAUGAGACAUUAUCAAAUGAGGACUGUGAAUAUCUAUUGGAGAAGACUCAGCCAACCACUGGAAUCACUAUAUUUUGCAAAUUGAGUCCUGACUUUGACUAUAAAAAGAUCCUUCACUUCUCCCGCCUUCGUGUACCAAAUCUAGGAAAAAUGCCUCUUGAAGACUUGAAGGCGUUAGAUAGUGAGAUUGCGAAUCUGGGGAAUCACGAAUUCACAGAAUCUGAUAUCAAUGAAUUUUUACAUCACUGGAUCAAGGGAAACAAUAGGAAACUAAGACGCCUUAAGUUAGACGGAUUCAGGGAAGCGCCAGACUGGGAUAUCUUAUUGAAAGAUGUCGUUCAUACGGAAUGGAAUUCAAAACAGAGAGGAAGAUAUUACAAAUCUAAAUACACUGAUGAAGUUGAAACCAUCGAUUGUGAGGACGGAAAAGAUUUCAAAAAUAAGUAUGGACAACUGGCUACAGUAGUCUAUCAUUCAGAAUUCUUGGAUUUUCUCAUUUGGAAUGACAGAUUCCCAGAAUAA